AUGUCUCGCGUUGGUCGUGUGACCUCCGGUCGGCUCCUUCCCGCUACUGUGAAGGUGACAACUGUUGGAGGAGCCGCGACUCGCUCGCCAGUGCUGUCGGCCCAGUCUGGUCUGACUGUAGCCGUGUACGUAGCGCCUGGUAGGCCGGAUGGAGACUAAUAGGCCUGUUGAUUUUGCCAACCGAGAACCAACUUUCGAGCACCAGUCUGGCCAUCAUGUCGCUGGCUCGGCUGAUGACGCUUGCCUGCCAAAAGGCGAAACUGUGUUCCUCCUGUAUAUACCAGUAUACCGUAUACCAGUAACAGUAUGUUAUUACCGACAAAGACAAGGGAGAUUAAAAUGGCCAUUUCUGGCCUAUUAGCCGUCGUCAGCCAGUCAUACCCAACCCCGAAGUGUGGAACACCCGAGGCCCGAACUCGCGACCUUUUAGUUAGAAGUCCACGCCUCCAACCACUGGGCCACGAGCCCGUUGCCCUGUCGGUUUCGAUCGGCAAUAUACAAUGGUGCAGGGACGCUAACCGAUCGUUCUUACGGAACUCGCUCCGUUGUGCCUUACGGCCUCUUUCUCGAGCCCAACCAGCAGCCGCACAGCGGCGCAUAAUAUAGUCUCUGUCGGUAAUAACAUACUGCCUAUAUCAUGCGCCGCUGUGCGGCUGCUGGUUGGCCUCGAGAGAGAGCCCGUAAGGCACAACGGAACGAGUUAGUUCCGUAAGAAAGAUCAGUGAGUACCCCUGCACCAUUGUAUAUUCCCGAUCGAAACCGACGGGACAACGGGCUCGUGGCCCAGUGGUUAGAGGCGUGGACUUCUAACAAACAGGUCGCGAGUUCGAGCCUCGGGUGUCCCACACUUCGGGGCUGGGUAUGACUGGCUGACGACGGCCAAUAAGACACAAAUGGCCAUUCCAGUCUCACUUGUCUUUGUCAGUAAUAACAUACUGUCUAUGCCAUGCGCAGCCGUGCGGUAGAGGGACGCUCACUGAUCGUUCUUUCGGAACUCACUCGUUCCGUUGUGCCUUACGGGUUCCCUUUCUAGCCCAACCAGCAGCCGCACAGCGGCGCAAGAUGUAGUUAGAAUGUUGUUCCCGACAAAUACAAGGGAGACUGGGAUGGCCAUUUAUGGCCUAUUUGUCGUCGUCAGUCAGUCAAACUCCGCUGGUGCGCGUCCAUUUGUCAUAAUUAAUAUUCCUGAUCAUUACCGAUAGGACAAAGGGCCCUUGGCUCAAUGGUAAAGUGUCAAACUCCAUGACCAAGAUCCCGGGUUCGAGUCCCAAGUGAUCUACACUUGGGUUUGGAUAUGACUGGCUGAUGACGGCUAUUAGACCACAAACGGCCAUUCCGGUCUCCCUCGGUUUUGUGGAUACUAUUUCAUUUAUUUGUAUUACUAUCCUCUGUGCGACUGCCUGCGUGGGUUCAAAUAUGAACCCCAGGGCAUAACCGAAUGACCACGUUUCGUAACCCCACCGGUGAGUGCCCAUCUUUCAUUGUAUAUAUGCCAAGAAAGCAUGUGACCCUCACUGUUGUGGUUAGCAUCUUGCUGGACGCCACUUUUUCUGACGAAAACAAAUCUUGCGACAUAGGACACAUAUAAUACGUAGGCACCUAUCUGCGUCUGGCCUGUUGUACUUUUAUUAACAGUGGCCAGUCGAAGAUAGCCAGUAAGACAGAAAUGACCAUCCCAAGGGCUCUUAUAUUUAUCGCUACUCUUUUCGCCGUCAUUACUGAUCGCUAAGUGAUUACUUACGAGGGCUUUAGUCUGAGCCCUCCGACGUAACAGGACCGGCAUAAAGCGCAGCCUGAUCAAUGUACUGUUCUAUUCAGUCGUUUACCUUCUCGAAAAACACAGCUCUACGAGUUGAAAUUCACCCACUGUAUGCUUUCGUGAACGUACUCCCUACAGGAUUUGCAACCUUAGCCGCAUACCUUGUGUUUUCCACUUUUAAGGACAUCCCGCAGAAUCCUCCAGUGUCAUCGCAGAAGGAAGGCGUCUCUCCAAGCUUCUUACUGGUCCUCUGUCACCAUCGCGGAAGACGCCCAGGACGACAGAGCCCCGCACUCCGCCCGCUGGCAAAGCUGACGAUACGGACUCGCCUGUCGGUCUGGGGAUCUCAACCGCAAGAACAACGAACGCCGAAGGUGACAACGCUCCUGUGUUGGCUGCCACACAGGGCCCACCUCCUAUCAUUAUCACCGCUGCGCCACCGACGAGCAGAACUAAGUCGAGGCCUCUGACUUCCCGCAAAAAGGCGGCUUCCGGGGACGGGGUGCCCAAAAGUCAUCCCGCACUCAUCUCCUCCCUGUUUCCCAAUGUGCCCCCCUGCGUUCGAUUCUUUGAUGAACAUGAGAAAGGUAAGCGCAGGCUGUGCCACUGCUCGCAACUCGCCCUCUGUAGCCAUACGAACCACUAUUUUGCGACAAUUUACAGAUACUACCGUUUAGUCAAUGAGUAGGCAGCGUUUUAUGUAAACUGUUACUGCCCUGCUGGUAAGCUUAAGGGUCUUACACAAGUUAUUAGUCAACAGUAGCACCAGCACCAUGAUCGUUGUCGUUAUCUCCUGAGAAACCUUCCCGAGGUCCUACGAAUUUUUCGCUACAAAGAUCUAUGAAGCGACACCUUUAUGUACGAGCGACCACUGCAACAGUAGAAUACCAGUCAGACAAUGAAGAAGUAAUAUCCGUGAUUGGGCUGGGCUCACGCCGUCCAACUCACUGUGGCCUCAGUGCGUGCUGAUAAUAUGCGUACUUGGCUGGGAACUGGGCCGUGCCACCUGGCUGCGUGAGCGGAGCGCCCUGGAAUGCGUCUGUUUACUGGGUUGAUGUCAGACAUCCAAGCCUCCCGUAAAUCCGCCCUCCCUUAUUGCCAACUCGUGCCCAUUACCUGCGUUUUCCUGAAACUGAUUUCCCUGCCUUUCUUGAGGACGUAAUAAGCCACUUGGGACAGCGAAUUUCCUUUUUGAAUGCCCCAUUUGUGUCCCAGUAUUCUCGGGCUAAGUCAUCCAACUCUCUGGCCUGCAUAAUGGUAGGGGCAGUCACAGCAUCGAAUUUGAUAAACUACACUUCAUUCCUCACCUACAUCCAUUCGUCCCUUUAUCUAUAUGAUCCUGGUUCGCAUAGUAGCUGCUAGAUAAUGGGUCUCUGAAACGUCCUUCAUAUACAGCAGAGGGUGUCAGAGUGUUUUUCUCUUCCGUUAGUUCUUAACCGGCGCGUAUGGUGGCAAUAGCUGAUGAAGUUGUUUGAGUAGCCGUUUCUGCUUAAUUAGUCGCAAAGAUGCUGUAGUUUUUUUACUCGUUCCACGGAUUCGUCUAGAGUGUUUUACCCUUUGGAAGGGCGCCCUAACGCAGUCGUGUUUAUGCACCAUUGGGCGUUCGCUCUUGUAGCUGAGGAACUGCGUUGAAUUAAUCGCCUUUCCAUAUGCUAUAGUUUUACGUUCACGAUCUGGUCCGCACGUGACCGGAACAUCAAGGAAGAACAAACGUACGACCUUCUCUUGCAAACUGAAUGUCGAUGAAGAUGCCGUAAAGCAGAUCCUGAAAGCUUAAUAGCCCGUCCCUCUUAAUUAUAACACGUGUCGUCCACAUGGUGACGACGCUUACAAAGUUUGCUGUCAAUGCUAUCUUCAGAGGCGUUAACACCUAAAGGCAGCUAGGCCUGCAUAAAUAUGCACCCGUUUUUACUCAACACCAUCCACACGGGAAAAUGGGCAGCUCUUACGUGCACUGCAAGUUGUCGUAUUUGGUGCGGUGAUUGCUCAAUCACAGGCGUCGGAUUCGUUAUUGUAAGUGUUGGUUAAUGGGGGAUAAAGUUGGGACAGGUUGACUUAAUGUCACUUGAAUUUCGCAGUGGGUUCCGUAGCGAAGGCUUGCAUUUGCGCAAAGCGAAUGGUUAUUCAACAGACCUCCUCCGAUUACAGGCCAAGGUACGGUCUUUUGAUGAUGUCCUUGGGUUUUUGAGUCGAAGAGAGCGGCUAUAUCUCAUAAAUAAAUUAACUGCUUCAUUUCGCACCGAAAAGCAUACUUCCAGGGCAAGUAAAAAUGCAUUUUCUAGUGACUUUUAGAGCGUUGCCAAACAAUCUACUGUGUUUGGUUUGUGAUUAUAAACUAUACAGUGUAAUGCGAAAAACGUUUAGUGAACAGUGAAGUUAGGAAACAGUUUCGAUUUAAUCUGACACGCAUUUCCGUGCUAAAUCGUUUAGCAGCUUUGGCUUUUAGCAGAUAAAUCGUCUUUUCGGGUCAUUCUGCUGCGUCAGAAUGUAAAUCACGUAGAAUUGAAGGUAAUUUUAGUAAAUUCGCCAGAAAUGUACUAUAACAUUCAGGGGUUAAAUAUUCCGGCGAGCUGAUUGAAUUUGUGAGUCCAUGUUUUGGGCAUCCUAGCAUGCAUACACAUUUCAUUUUAGUGGACAUGUCAUAUUGGAGGAACGUUUCUGGCUACAGCUGUGGAAACGAUAAAGUUUAGGGUUGGGUUAAAGAUUAGGACAAUGGGAGGUCUUAGAUUUGGAGUUAAUGUUAGAUUAGAGAUAGGUCUGUCCGCCGCAUACCGAUAACCUCGGAUUGUCUGUUUUCCACUCGCUUACGCGGCCCUAAUUCGCAUCUAUCCAAUUACGUAGCCUGCUCCGACACCUCACCGGCGUAGCUAAAAAAUUGUGGCGGAAAUGCGACCCAUCGAUUCCUUCCGCAAAUGCAGCCAAUUCCUGCGUACGGCUGCACUUUUGACAAUAAUAAUUCAGCAUUCCGUUUUUCAGGAGUCCCUGAACUCUUUCGGAGUAGUUAGUUUAAAUAUUCAAUCCUUGCCUUUCUUGGCAUGUUCCCAUCAUUAAUUAGUUUCUAAAGCGGUCUCGGAGUUCUGAGAAUAUGUGAAGAAGAAGAAGAGUCGAGCACCAGAACACUUUGUUUAUUGUCCUGAGCUUUCAGACUCGUACAGGAGUCCAUCGUCAGAGGUAGCAGCAGAAGCAGCCAAACAAGCGACAGUUAUAAGGCAUGUAGGCCAAUCAUCGGCCGACGGCACAAGGCUCGAGGUGACCACGCAGGGCUCUGUACGCCGGUGCCAGAUCGAUAAAUCGAUUGACCGAAUUCUCAUCCGAGGCCCAGGCUUCAAUCAAUUCUCGGCCUGUUUUGUUUCCGGCGUGGGCGACUAAUUUGGUGGCUACGAAGUUAAACUCGUGACCCAUUUCGUAGGUGUGGGCAGCCACUUCUGAUAGUGCGUCGCCUCGUCGUACAGCCAGCUUAUGUUGGUGUAUUCGCGAUCCGAGCACGCGUCCAGUCUGCCCUGUGUGGUUACAAGGACAAUUUUGACACGGAAUGCGAUACACUACUCCAGAUUGCUCUUCAGGCUUUAACCGGUCUUUGAUUUUCAUGACCCUAGUGCGCAUGGUGGCUUUGGGGCGGUGUGCAAUUCCAACACCUAGCUCCGCAGCAAUGCGCUCCGUCGCUUCUGAAACGUACUUGAUGUAUGGCAGAGAACGCUAUAUUAUCGGUGGUGUUGAUGUUCGAGUUCUCUGAUGGCGACCGCAUAGGCAGCGACUUAUGAAUGCCCUCGGAUAGUCAUUUUGCAGAAACUGGUCGCAGAGAUAACGGGCCGCACGUGAUCUGUCCUCCGGUUUGCUGCAAUGACUUUGGAUCCGUUUGAAGAGCGUCCUCAUACAGCUUCGUUUGUGAGCCACCGGAUGAUUGCUGUGAAAACUGAGAAGCUGUGGUGUUCGUUGCCUUCCUAUAAACCGUCAUUUCAAGUUCACCGUUAAGGUUUCGUCUGACAAGCACAUCCAGGAAGGGCAACUAUUGUACCUGUUCUUCUUCCCUCGUGAAUUUUAUUUCGGGGAUUUAUCGAUCUGGCGCCGGCGUACAGAGCCCUUCGUUGUCACCUCCAGUCUUGCGCCGUCGGUCAAUGAUUGGCCUACAUGCCUUAAAACUGUCGCUUGUUUUGUUGCUGCUACCACCUCUGACGAUGGACUCCUGUACGAGUCUGAAAGCUCAGGACAAUAAACAAAGUGUUCCGGUGCUCGGAUCUUCUUCUUCACUUAUGCAUACACCUGGAACUGGAAAUUCCGCCUUCAUUCUGAGAAUAUUUUCGUCUUUCUUAGUACGACGAUGAGGGUAAACAUAAAGCUGCAAUUGGAAGCUACCAAUAUUUUGCCGCCGUAGUCGACGGUAGCCCUUACCUCAAGAACUACACAGCAAAGUGGGCGAAGUUAUUCUUGGAGGUGUUCCAGUCGUUAGUACCACGAGUCACCUCGUUAGUCUCUACUGACUGAACCAGACUGUGUACAUACAAGACCAGCUCGACCAUCUCAAGCGUCGAUGUCCGCCGCGAGACCUACGGGCUAGGCACAACAUCUGUGAUUUACAGCGUUUAUCGUUCUCUCCCUCUCUUACCUCACCCAUAUUGCUACGAUGGCCAGACGCAUCGGCUGACAGGGCUAAGCGCUCGUCUACGCGCGCCACGCAUGCGGCUUGGUCCUCGCACCAAAUGGACCUUUAACCAACGCGGCUGGCUCACAUCACACUAGUGGCUGCCCACUUCACUACACAAGCCACUCCAGGCGAUGUUUUCGGCUGGUGGCGCCUAGGCUUCGACUACUUUUUACGCUUUCUAUUUCUUCCUUCUGAAGCGCCCUCAAUGUCAACAUGCAGAAGCCCAAAAUUAUGCCUCGGUUCAGUUUUUCUCCCUUGUAUCCACCCGCAAAUGAACUUACAUAUAGCUUCCUCUCUUUCCGCUACAGUUGAAUCAUUGCCGUGGGAAUUCCGACGUCUUCUUCACUACCGGCCGAGUAUAAUGACUCCAAUAAUCGUUCGACAGGUGCUCUCAAGGUCCGCCUUCCGAGCCUCCAAACGUAUGUUUGCAGUGGGUAGUGAGUCUCCCUUUAGAUUAUCCGCUACGGGGAGGGUGGGUGCCGUUGACACCUGUCGUCCCUCAUUCGCACGCACCCUCCCCGGCGCCAGCUUCCUCAUUUAGCAAAGCAAACUAUCUACACCAUGUUAGAAUUCAUCCCAUUGAAUGAUUUUUCCUACUAGUCCAUUGGUUCCUUUUCAUGUCUGCGUAGACAUUUUGAAGAUGGCUUCUAUCCUUUGAAUCUUUACGAAUCUUACCAGCAAACUUGAACAUGAGUGAAUAAAUUCCCGAUCUGCAAAGAUAGAUAAUGGCGGGUGGCGAGGCCCUGAUGAACUCUGGUUCGAUGAAGUGCUUAUGACCCAUCCGGUAGACCCCAGUGGUGGACCAGCUGCGCCAGGUGCGUCUGUGCGCAUGUUUGUUUUUCUGAUCCCAGCUGCUGUUGUUCAGGGUUAUGAUUGGCCGAAUGAGGGCAAACAAGCCCGAAACAGUGCUGUAUCAAUCUAUCCCCCCCCCCCUACUCUGUCGUCUCCCCUCUGCUAUCAUAGCUUAGCCGACUUCGGCCUGGUAGGUGGUUGCCUGUUCGUGACCCCUAUCGCCCAUACGAAGCUUGUUUGCUUCGGGAAGCCAAUGGAUCGGUGUGCGUCCAUUCCUGAGUGAAUAAAUACCUGACCUGCAGCGACAGAGAAUGGCAGGUGACGAGGCACUGAUGAACUCCGGUUCGAUGGAUUGCUUAUGUAGCCCAUCUGGUAGAGACCCCGGGGGUGGACCGCCUUUAAAUGAUUUCUCUAGUGGCUGACAUGUCUCACUUGACCUCAUUCCCAUAUAAAUGCACUGAACUGACGAGAAUUUAUCGAAAGCAAUCGCACGUUCGCCAACUAGUUUUCUGAAAGCCAGUGCACAAUAUUUUAAGGUGCUAUUGUUUUUUGCAAAAAAAGUUUAUUUUUUAAAAUACUGGCUUCGAAUUAAACCAACGCGUGUAUGCGCUUUUGGGAUACCCUAUAUUUGUUUUCAUCGAAAUAAUUUCUUUUGUAGGCAUGACCAGUAGGUGAUUGUGGCGUACAAAUAGAGCGAUGAAAGUGUAACCCCACUGUUAGUGCUUUCAGUUUGUAUAGCAUCGUCGACGGUAGGAUGAAGGAUCCCUGCUUAGUUGUCGGCAGAUUCUGGAUCGUGUCAUACGGGGAUGUCAGUGGAGGUUCUACGGGUUAGGCAGCACGCCAGACAGUAAGCUGACGAAAUGCAAGAAAUCACCGAAACUGUUUGGAUUUCUGCCGAAAGUCUAAUUGUGCGCUUUUGCAUUACAACGGAAACAGCGGGUUUAAAAUAUAUAAAAAAAACAAACAAAAAGCAACUUAUAAAAAUAACCGUGUUUAUGUAAUGGCUCGAGGUCGUGGGAAGUAAUCAUUAUUGGCAAUGUAACGUCUGCGAUGCCAAGAUAAAAACCCCAUAUGACGCGGUCCAGUCUACCGAGAGUUAUGCAGGGCCUAUCUUUUCCAAUGGAAAACACAUUUAUGUGUGGGGCAGCAAACCAGGCAGUAGGCUGGUGACUUGUUGGAAAGCAUAGAAAUAGUUUAGAUUCCUGCCGAAGGUCUUAUCAUACGCUUUGCUGUUGCAGCGGAAAUUGGCGCGUUAAUUUAAAAAAGAAGAUUUCAAAAAAUAACAGGAUUCGUAUUAAGAUCAUUGGACGAAAUUGUUGUUGACCUGACGGCCUACAGAUGGAUGCUAAGAUAAAACCCCACAUGACACCAUCCAGUCUACUAAUAGUUGAGUGGAGUCCUUCGCCCUAUCGUCGUUUAGAGUUAGCUACAUCGAAGUAGGCCGUUACUAUCCUCGAUAAUAAGGUGCUAAGUCAUUUGCAAUCUAGUCGAGGACGUAAAUGCAUGUGGUGGGAAGACGGGCAUUUCCUCACCUCAGCACCAUCAUCCGAAACCUUGUACGCAGAGUACAUUGUAGUGCUUUCACAAGCUGCUAUAAUUUUUCCAGCCUUCUCCGUCUGUUUUCUAAGUCUGCAUUUCAGCGUUUUCUGGAGAGUGUCUUGUGGGAGUGGCUGACUUGCUUUCACAUUGAAUUUUAGUUACCACGGUCACAGAAGACCUCGAUGCGGUUGGUAAGUCGAAUGAUUUUCCGAAAUUGCAGCGCUAAACAAAUUAUUUCUUUUCCUGCCCUUUACCAAUGAGCGCGAGUGUGCAUUCUACUCACAAAUCGGAUUUUUUUCGUAGAAUCAACAGACUGGAUCUACUACUUUGGGAAACACAUGAGACCGGCCGUCUUCUUGUCCAUACGCGACUAUCAGAAGGUACUGCACUUCCUUUCCCCUUCAGUCCAGCACCUUCUUGCAAAGGGACCGCUUUAA